UUGCCUUUCGCUUGGAUUAUCACAUAUGAAUUGUAAACUUGCCACUUUACAAGAAUACAGUGAUCCCAUGCAUGCAGUCCACGGUUACUCUGAUUCGUCCGAUGAUGAUCGUGCUAAACGAACGAUUAAUUGCAAGGCGUAAGUCUUACGUAUUCAGUUUUAGCCGGAGCAUGGAGUUAAUUAAAGGCUAUGGUUUUCACAUUCGACAUAUGUAACAGUAGAAGAAAUGGUGUCGUUCGUGUGAUAAAAAGUGCACGAGCCAGGUGGAACACGAACCAAAACGACAAUUGCUCAACUUCUACCCAGUGUCAGCUCGAAAUUGACAAAGGCUGAAGUCAAUUGAGCAGAUAAAGAAAUGAACGAGACAAUCGUCGUGACGUUUUGUCAGUGUUCGGACUUAAUAUCAAGAACUUUGAUGAUUGCCACGGCUAUGAUUGGAAGCAUUUUUGGCAAUGGCAUAAUUUGUAUUUUAUUUAUUCGGUUCAAGACGUUGCGUACAGUGCCAAAUAUCCUGAUCGUCAAUUUGGCCAUCAUAGACAUCCUCAAUGGACUCACUAACAUGCCUCUCUUCAUCGUGUGGUACAUUUGCAAGGUGUAUUUCCUCAAGGGUCGUGCACUUUCAUGGUUCAUAGUGACAUGGUAUGUGCUGUUCAUGUACCUGACAGUGGUCAAUCUCACUGUGCUUACAUUGGACCGAUUUGGGGCCAUUGUGUUUGGCUUUCGCUACCAUUCGUGGAAGACGUUAAAAAAGGGAAAAAUAGCAGUACUCUUCGUUUGGGUUCUGGCGGCUGCUUACACGUAUGGCAUGUUUAUACUGGGGCUUAACUUUGAUAUUGGAGAUGCACCUGUGCUCGAGUACAGGAUACACUACUUAAAAAACUUUGGAAGAUAUUUUAUUGUUCCUGGUUAUCUGGUUCCAUUCUCUAUCAUGCUUAUUUUGGGAGUCAUGAUUUGGCGCACAGUAUGCAACCAUAGAAGGAGGUUGUCGACACUCUAUCCACAUUUAAAGCAAGUUAGAAGUGAUGUUAAGACGGCCAAGACAAUUGCCCUGACUGUAUUAGCCUUCCUCAUUCUUGGUGUUCUGCCAAUGGCGUUACACAGCGUCGCAAGAAAGCACGGAACUUGGCUUAAUUUCCUUGCGUAUUUUCUUAUGGAUUUGAACAGCAUGGUUAAUCCUAUCAUUUAUUCGCUAAGGACUCGAAGGUUUCGCAAGGCUUUUUUGCUGUUUCUUAAAGAUCCUUUUGGCACCUCACAACCGCAUAUGACAUCCGUGUCACUACAGCAGAAGAAAAAUACUCGAAAGACAUGAAAGCACAACAGUCAAGUUAAGGAC